UUGGAGAAACCUUUUUUUGACUGCUGACCGAAACUGAUAAACAAGAGAAAAUGGAGAAAGACAGCGAUAUUCUUCUGAAAUACAGAGCAGUUACAAAUAAACUUAAAAAGAGAUUUCUUAAAAAACCAAAUGUGGCUGAAGGAAGUGAACAGUUUGCCAGUUUAGCAAAAACUUUAAAAAAUCAAGAAAGUCCACAGUAUGCAGGAUUUUGUUGUCUUGCUCAAGCAAGAUGUGAGCAUACACUAUCAAAUUCAGCUGGUGAAGCACAAGCUCUUACAGAUGCAGCCAGAGCAUUCCUUGAAGCAGAACUGAUGGACAGAGAGUUAAGUGUGCCAGGAUUUCAAGAGCACUUAACUGCAUCUAUCAACUGUUACAGUCAUGCUAUUAGGGUACACAUAGAAAGCAAACAAAUUGCUUUAGCAGCAUCCCUUUGCCUUGAGGUUGGAAAUGUGUUAAGGAAAGUCAAUAGGCCAGGGGAAGCAAUUGCACAUUACCAAAGAGCAGCAGAAUUACAGUCUCAGAGUGCUUUGGAUUGCCUGGAUGCUUUAAAUAUGGUGGCAAAAUGCAAAAUGGACACAAAAGACUUUGAAGGAGCGUUAGCUGUUCUCACUGAAAUGGCAUACCUAGCUCAUGAGAGAGGGGGGUCUUCAACAACUGGUAGACCUAUAGGAGCUUACUGUGAUAUUCUUGCUAAAUGUGAAGUCACUCGAGUUUUGCUCUUAUUAUUGUUACAACCAACACCACAGAGAAUACGACCUGAACAUGCUCAGACUUUAGAAAAAUACACAUGGGAGUCUUGUGACUCUAUCACAGAAAUGUACCUUGGAGAAGAUUUGUAUCUUUUGCUUCAGUCAGUGGUGAUGGCUUGCCAGUCCCUUGACUUAGAAUCACUGCGAGCGCUUCAGAAAGAGUUAUGGCCCCUGCUAGACUGUGAACAAAACCAGCUUCUACAUUUUGUGAUACAAGAACUUUCCCAUCCCAGUGGUGAAGGCAUUUAACAAUCAAUACUUUUAGAAUGAAAAGUUUCUACCAUUGAAUACUUAUAACACUACAUUGUAGUAGGUUUUAAAUAAGAUGUGUUGUCCUUAAAUGUUAGCACCUAACAAUUUAUUUUGUUGUGAUAUCGUUUUCUUUCAAUUUCGAAGGCACAAAAAGCAAAAUACUUUAUUAUUUAAAAUGUGACAUGCAUUGUUUUAUGUUGCCUUGUAUUAUGUGUAUAAGUAUAAGAAUGUAUGAGCUUUUUUAGCAUCAUAUUGCCAUUACUACUAAAUUUUUAGUUUAAAUACAUGUCUACUAAAAUGAGUUAUAAAAGGGUGUGUAAAAACAUAGAAACAAAUAAAAAAUCUGUAU